UAACUUUGCCGAGGAAAUGAGGCGAAGCUCUGCUUACUUCCAUCAUCCAACUAUGUGCAAGCAAAAGUUCUGUUUUGUUUUUUAAUUUUACCUGCAUGUGAUUGGUUAUUCUUUAAAAAGCGAAAUUUACCACAUUCACUAAGCUCUUGAGAAAACUCCCUUAUAAAGUGCAAUUUCCCUUGCAAAGUGAACAGCCUAUUUGCCUUUAGAAAAUCAACCCCUUUGUGUCUACAGUUCCAGUCUGGCUCUGUGUAUACUGGACAGCCAAUACAGAAACAGGAACCAAGGAGUUUACCUCCCGAAAUAUUUUAACACCUUAUUUCUGUCUUUUAGGUGAACGACAUUGUUUACAACCUCCCAUUGGAUCGUCAGGACAAAGGCUUCUGGGUUCAUCAGCAUGGCAUAAGUGUUAUGCUGAGCACUGAUUUUGGACUUCGAGUGUCCUAUGACCUGGCCUCUCAGGUUUUGGUUAAUAUAUCCAGCAGUUUCCAUGGGCAGAUGUGUGGCCUUUGUGGUAACUACAAUGGCUACCCUGACGAUGACUUAAGACUUCCAGGUGGAUCACUGGAGAUCAACACCACUGCCUUUGGGGAGACCUGGAAGGACAGCAGCCUGGGUUUACCAUGCCAAAGCAAAUGCCAAGGGGACUUCUGUCCACCGUGUCAACACAAAAGCAUUUAUGGAGGGGAAAAGUACUGUGGCAUGUUGCUUACAGCCAGUGGACCUUUCAGCACUUGUCACAGUCACGUGGACCCCCUAGGGUUCUUCAGCAACUGUUUGCAUGACCUCUGUCAAGCCCAUGGUAAAACAAAUGCAUUGUGCAACAACCUUCAAAGUUACGUGACUGUUUGCCAAUAUAUGGGCAUUACUGCCAUGAAAUGGAGAAGUAGCAAAGUAUGCCCUCUGGACUGCCCCCAAUACAGUCAUUAUGAGGCUUGCGCUGACACGUGUACUACCACUUGUGCCGGGGUCGUGGCACCUACACCUUGCCCCAUUGGAUGCUCUGAGGGUUGCCAGUGUAAUGAUGGUUAUUACCUUGACCGAGACCGAUGUGUUCCUCUUGGCCGAUGUGGCUGUUACAUCGAAGGCCGAUAUUACACAGUCAACGAGACAUUUUUGAUGGAUAACUGCAAGCAGAUCUGUAGGUGUCACGUGGGAAGUGCGGUGAUAUGCCAAACCCAUAUUUGCCAAGGAGAAUGUAUAAAGAAUUCAGACAGAACAUUCAUAUGUGGAAUGUUGACAGAGGAGGUCAAUACCGGUUAGAGGGAAGAAUUAUCCUCCGUCAGCCGUGUUCAAUAAUACAAAGAGCCAGGCGGUAAGAGCCAAAAUCUGGAACAAGAUCUCACAUAUCUGUCCACAGUGGCCAUAUAUAUUUUUUACACGCGCAAUUCAUUUUUAAUGCAUAGCUUUCCAUUUAUAAUAAAUGUGCCAUGAAUUGUAAUUAAA